UUAGAGCAGGGGGGUUUCACCUCGCUGCUGCUGAACGGCUCGGAUGCAGCUGGGCUGCUCUGAGCCCCCGAGUCCCGCUGGUAAUUAAGUGGCCAGCAAAACCUUAGCGGCGCAGCCCUUUGUUCUCGGAGCAGGGAGGCAGGAUCCGGCCAAGACGGGGCUCAGGCUGCCCCCCUCCACUGCCACCAUCUCCCCUCCCCAUCCUCGCAGCGUCCCCGGCCCCCUUGCUGUCGGGAAGGGGCUCAGGGUAGGGGAUGGGUGCCCGUGCAGUGACGGAGCAGAGCAUCCUCCUGCACGCCGACCCCGCAUCCUCCCGCGGCGCGCAGCUCCGGCACCCAUCUCCUGCUGCUGCCGGAGCCGCGCACGCCUGCCGAGCAGCAGAGGCUGCUGUUCCUCUCCUCCUGCCUGCAGUCGCCGGGGACUCGCAGCCGGCGUUCCCCUCCUCGCCUUCCUUACGUAAGCAGCGGCAGCAGCACGGCAGCUCGGGCAGCUCAGCACCGCCGGGGCCUGGAGCCUCGCACCGGCCGCUGGCAGCCAGCCACAAUGAAAGGCGGAACACGUUCCUGCACCCAGUGACGGGCCAGGUCCCGGAAGAAAACUCAAGAUUGGACUUGCAGAAACCGACCUUGGACAUGUCCAGCAAAGCAGGCGGCAAGCGCCCGGCGACCAGCAGCAGCGAGCCCUCCAACCACGCCAUGGUGUCGGAGGUGCCCCCGGAGCGCCCCGGAGGCCGGGCAUCGCGCCCCUCCCGCAAGGGCAUCGCCUUCGGGAAGCGCUCCAACUCGAUGAAGAGGAACCCCAACGCUGCCGUGACCAAAAGCGGCUGGCUCUACAAGCAGGCCAGCUCGGGGGUGAAGCAGUGGAACAAGCGCUGGUUCGUGCUGGUGGAUCGCUGCCUCUUCUACUACAAAGAUGAGAAGGAGGAGAGCAUCCUGGGCAGCAUCCCCCUCCUCAGCUUCCGCGUGGCGGCCGUGCAGCCCUCCGACAACAUCAGCAGGAAGCACACGUUUAAGGUGACUGUGUGCUGGGUGGAGGAGGUGCCGGCGUGUAACGGGCACCCACUGUCUCCCCAGGCCGAGCACGCCGGCAUCCGGACCUACUUCUUCAGCGCCGAGAACACGGAGGAGCAGGAGUCCUGGAUCCAAGCCAUGGGCGAAGCUGCCCGGGUGCAGAUCCCCCCCACCCAGAGACACGAGAAGACAGACUCGGAAAACAUCCCUCCCAGCAAGCACCACCACCACCGCAACGCCGUGUACCGCGAGCACCCCAAGGCCGACCCCGACGCCAAGACCCGGGGUGAAGGCGACGGCCGUGGCUCGGAGAAGAUGGAGAGGAAACCGGAGAGGAUGGAGAGCAAGAAGGAACCCUUGGCCAAAGCCAACGGCAUCGCAGGGCAGGAGAUGCCCUCGGAGCCUGGCAGCCCCUACCCCGAGGGACCCCGGGUGCCGGCAAGCACGGAGCGGCCGACGCAGCCCAACGGGUGGCCGUAUUCUUCCCCCAGCCGCCCCGGCAGCACCGCCUACCCCCCGCCCGAUGGGGAGAGCGCUGCCCACCGCCGGAGCUUUCCCCCCCGCACCAACCCCGAGAAGAUCGCCCAGCGCAAGAGCUCCAUGACGCAGCUGCAGCAGUGGGUGAACCUGCGCCGGGGGAACGUGCCCCCCGAGGAGCUGCGGAGCCCCACCAGGUUUUACCCCGUGUCUCGCCGGGUGCCCGACUACUACUCGCCCUACUCGCCCCAGUACCCCGAGGACUACCAGUACUACCCGCCCGGCGUGCGCCCCGACAGCAUCUGCUCCAUGCCCGCCUACGAGCGCGUGAGCCCGCCCUGGGCGCUGGACGACAAGCGCCACUCCUUCCGCAACGGGGGCCCCUACCAGCUCCGGGAGUGGAAGGAGCACCCCGCUUUCGGCCGCCAGGACGUCCCGCUCUGGCUCGCCGGCCCCGGCAGGCAGCCGACUUAUUUCGACGAGGUGGACGCCGCCUCGGGCUCCCUGCGGCGCAUGUCGCUGCAGCCCCGCUCCCGCUCCGUGCCGCGCUCGCCCAGCCAGGGCUCCUACACCAGGGCUCGCGUCUACUCCCCCGUCCGCUCCCCCAGCGCCCGCUUCGAGCGGCUGCCGCCUCGUGGAGAGGAGAUUUACGCCGACCCCGCCACCUUCAUGAUGAGGAGGUCCAUCAGUUCGCCCAAGUACGACUACCUGGGCGACAGGCGGCCCGUCCCCGCGGGGAUGUUCCCGUACCACUACCCGGCAUCUCCCACGGUCCACGACAAAAUGGAUGAACUUUUAGACCUUCAGUUGCAAAGAAACCUAGAGUAUUUGGACCAGCAGAUGAGCGAGAGCGAAACCCUGAUCAGUAUGGUGAACAGGAUGGUGGAGACCUCCUCCCCUAGGGCUCAGCUCUACAUGCAAGUGACGCCCUUCCCCGAAGCCUACAGGGAGACUCUGCACGCCUACAAGAUAAGCGAGCAAGACACCGAUAAGCUGCUGGGGAAGCUCUGCGAGCAGAACAAGGUGCUGCGGGAGCAGGAGAGGCUGGUGCAGCAGCUCCGAGCGGAGAAGGAGAGCCUGGAGAGUGCCCUGAUGGGGACGCACCAGGAGCUGGAGAUGUUCGGGAGCCAGCCAGCCUACCCGGAGAAGCUGCUGCACAAGAAGGAAUCUCUGCAGAACCAGCUCAUCAACAUCCGCGUGGAGCUCUCGCAGGCCAGCACGGCUUUGGCCAACAGCACCGCUGAGUACGAGAGCCUGGAGAGCGAGGUGUCCGCCCUGCACGACGACCUCUGGGAGCAGCUGAACCUCGACAUCCAGAACGAAAUGCUCAACCGGCAGAUCCAGAAGGAGAUCUGGCGGAUCCAGGACGUGAUGGAGGGGCUGAGGAAGAACAACCCGUCCCGUGGCACGGACACUGCCAAGCACAGAGUGGCCAUCGGCCCCUCGGGCACGUACAGCUCCAACAGCCCCGCCAGCCCCCUGAGCUCAGCCAGCCUCACCAGCCCCCUGAGCCCCUUCUCCCUCGUCUCCGGCUCCCAGGGCUCGCCCACCAAGCCGGGUCCCAGCGAGUCCAAGGCGAGCUUCGAGCAGAGCAAGAAGGAGAUGCAGCGAGCGGCUGCCCCUGCUGCCCCCGCCGAGGGGCCGCCGAGCUGGCAGGAGCAGGAGGCAGAGAAGCAAGCGGCUCUCAACAAAGUGGGCAUCGUGCCCCCCCGAACCAAGUCUCCGCCGGAGGAGGAGGGGGUGCCCACGGGCAGCAUGCUGAGGAGGAGCGCCGGCGGCAUGGCCAACGGGCUGGGAUCCAAGGAGAGGCCGAAGAGCGCCGUGUUUGCCAACGAGACCAAGGUGAAGAUGAGCGUGGAGGAGCAGAUCGACCGCAUGAAGCGCCACCAGAGCGGCUCCAUGAAGGAGAAGCGGCGCAGCCUGCAGCUCCUGGGCAGCCAGCAGCCCGACACCCCUGGCACGAAGGCACCCGCCUCCUACAAAGUGGUGCGCCGGCACCGCAGCAUCCACGAGGUGGACAUCUCAGACCUGGAGGCAGCGCUGCGCUCCGACGACCCCGGCAAGGUCCACGAGACGCCCCGGGAGGAGAUCGCCCGGCUGCGCAAGAUGGAGCUGGAGCCGCAGCACUACGACGUGGAUAUCAACAAGGAGCUAUCCACGCCAGACAAAGUCCUCAUCCCCGAGCGGUACAUCGAGCUGGAGCCCGACACGCCGCUCAGCCCCGAAGAGAUGAAGGAGAAGCAGAAGAAGGUGGAAAGGAUAAAAACCCUCAUUGCCAAGUCCAGCCUGCAGAACGUCAUCCCCCUGGGUGAGGGGGAGGUGGACGCCCCCCAGGACCCCGAAACGCAGCUGCAGGAGCAGGAGAAGAGGAUAGAGAUCUCGUGCACGCUGGCUGCCGAGGCGUCCCGCCGGGGCCGCAUGCUCUCGGCUCAAUGCGCUACCCCAAGCCCUCCCACCUCCCCAGCCUCCCCGACUCCACCGACCAACCCCCUCUCGUCUGAACCAUCCCGGGUCGCCGACAGCAGCCAUUUUAUGCGUGUCUGAGCCAUGAACUCAAGCCCUGGCUGCUGCCAGCGCCGUCAAGUUCCAUGGGGCCACGUUUUAGCGCGCCGACACGUGCCCCGAGUCGACACCGAACCUCUCCUCGGCCAUCGUUUUUGGUUCUCCUGGACCCCUCCCUCCAUCCCACCAACGGCGAGACCCCCCCCCCCGGGAUGGAUGAGCGGGGAGAUGUGACACAGAUGGCACCGGCUGCUCUGCCCCGUCCUGGAGGAGAUGUGCGGGUGCUGGGAGUUGGUCCGCUGGAGCGUGGUCCCCAAGGACAGGGGGGUUCUGAGCUGCCCGCUGGCACAGGGAUGGAUCGGUGGUGCCAGGCUGGCCGGAACAGCCAUACAGGGGGACAUUUGCAGCAGUGGUCCUGGCACAGCCAGCCCUCGCCCUGCUGGGGCAGCCCUGGAGGAGCGCAGCACCCUCCGUCUCUCCGUGCUGCUGUGUUGGCAUCCCAAAAGUCUGCAGCGGGGCUCCUCCACCUGGAGCUCAGCCAUCCCACCACGGGUGGUGCUGUCACCGCGUGCUGGAGGCUCCAUCUCUGCUCUUUGGGUGCUCGCUCCCCUCCCUGUGCCCUGAAACUGCUUUUAGCAUCCGUCUCGCUGGAGGGAGUCACCAGCAGAGCCUGGUGGCCCCAUCGCGCCUCGUGCCCGGGGCUUGGCAGAAGGAAGGAGGAGCUGUGCGGGGUCGGAUGGAGAGGGGACAGGGGGGACACGGGGAGCAGUGUCCUGGGUGCCGGGGUGGUGCGAGGGCUGCCUGGUGCGGUGCUGGCACGGAGCAGCAGGUCUGGGAAGGGACAGGGACGUUGGAAAGGAGCAGAGGAGCGGCACGAAGCCAGGGCUCGCUGGGCCGAGCAGGGAUCUGUGCAGGUGGCUGGGGACGGUGCUGAGAAAGGGACCGGGUCUGGGCCAUGAGCACCUCGGGUGGCAGCAGCGGGGUCUGUCCUCAGCGUGCUCCUACACACAGCGAUUCUUCGUCUGUGGUCACCCCCCAGCACCCAUGGGUGCCCAAGGCUUGGGGGAAGCGUGGGGAGCAACUUGGGGCUGCAAAGAGCUGGGACCCCCCGGGCAUCCCCUCUGUGCAAGCCGGGCUGCUGGAGGAGGGGGCUCCUUGCCCCACAGCCCCGGGCUGGGUUAAUGAGCACCGGGGGGGUGACAGAUUUGGGGGGCAGGACUGGGAGGACCCCGGCUGUGCUCGCAUCCUCCGGUGCCAGCAUGGGCCGGGGCCCUCUGAAAACCUGACAGCGCAUCUCACCCCGAGACCUUGCCAUUGCACUCCAACCCCUGCGGCUUGUUCAUUUUUUUUUUUUCUGUAGCGGGUUUUACCCUUUUCUUUGGCUUUUCAGAGGGAGGACAAAAAGCUGGUCCUGCCGGGAAACAACAUCAGGCUGCGUAGGGCUGGGAGGGGUGAGGCGCGUGGGGCGAGGAGCCAGAUGCUGACCAUCCCCGAGCUUUUUCCCCGCUGGCCGGAUCCUGACGCCCUGGCCAGCCCCCUGCCCUGUACCCGUGUGCUGCCACCAAGCCCCCCCCCCCCCCGCGUCCCCAUGGCUCCCCCGAUCGUAGCAAUACUCCUAGGAUCCCAGGAACCCCGAGUCCCGCUCCGCUCCCGAGCCUCCUGCUGCCCUCUUAGCUCAUAAAGCUGGCCCUUUAUUUUGCUAUUACAUGCCUUAAUAUAUGUUUUAUGGAAAUUCUACAUUUAUAAUAUAUAUAUAUAUUUGGUUUUCUUUUCUGGGAGGUACUGUUUUGUGCUAAUCUCUCUCUCUGCAGGGUUGUUGGCACCAGCCCUGCCAAUGCAUUACAAAAGCAGAUUCUUUGCCAAUUUAUCAGAAAAAAAAAAAAAAAGAAAAAAAGAAAGAAAAAAAAACUAUUUAAAAUAUA